AUGAUCCCGACACUCUGCAGGAUGCUGAAUCGGUCAGUGAACAAUUUUCUGAUGACCGGGCCAAAGGCUUACCUCGUCUACUCCAGCAGCGUGGCAGCUGGUGCCCAGAGUGGUAUUGAAGAGUGUAAAUACCAGUUUGCUUGGGACCGCUGGAACUGCCCUGAGAGAGCUUUGCAGCUGUCCAGCCAUGGUGGACUUCGUAGUGCUAACCGGGAGACCGCGUUUGUACACGCCAUCAGCUCUGCUGGAGUUAUGUAUACCCUGACUAGAAACUGCAGCCUUGGAGAUUUUGACAACUGUGGGUGUGAUGACUCCCGAAAUGGACAACUGGGAGGCCAAGGCUGGCUCUGGGGAGGCUGCAGCGACAAUGUGGGCUUCGGAGAGGCAAUUUCCAAGCAGUUCGUGGAUGCCCUGGAGACAGGACAGGAUGCCAGAGCAGCCAUGAAUCUGCACAACAAUGAGGCUGGCCGCAAGGCGGUCAAGGGCACCAUGAAACGCACGUGCAAGUGCCACGGCGUGUCUGGCAGCUGCACGACCCAGACUUGCUGGUUGCAGCUGCCCGAGUUCCGGGAGGUGGGCGCGCACCUGAAAGAGAAGUAUCACGUGGCGCUCAAGGUGGACCUGCUGCAGGGCGCGGGCAACAGCGCGGCGGGCCGCGGCGCCAUCGCCGACACCUUCCGCUCCAUCUCCACGCGCGAGCUGGUGCACCUGGAGGACUCCCCAGACUACUGCCUGGAGAACAAGACCCUGGGGCUGCUAGGCACCGAGGGCCGAGAGUGCCUGCGGCGCGGCCGAGCCCUGGGCCGCUGGGAGCGCCGCAGCUGCCGCCGGCUGUGCGGGGACUGCGGGCUGGCAGUGGAGGAGCGCCGCACCGAGACAGUGUCCAGCUGCAACUGCAAGUUUCACUGGUGCUGCGCGGUCCGCUGCGAGCAGUGCCGCCGGCGGGUCACCAAGUACUUCUGCAGCCGCGCCGAGCGGCCGCCGAGAGGCGCUGCGCACAAACCUGGGAAGAAACCCUAAGGGUC